AUGAGUAGCUUCGCUAUUGGGUUACUCGUAGGACAGAUGAGCGUAUUGGUAGUGCUGGCACUGCUAAUUCGAUUUUUUAUUUUUGCAGACUCUCCGGGAAUCAAAGGAAUGCCCAGCUCAGAGCCACCUGUGGAAGAAACAAUCACAGAGCCGUUGGCGGUAGAUUCAAUUCUGGAGCAGACCUACUAUGACGUGGACAACCAUGCUGCGGAGUCCAUGGAUUGGGUUACAGUACUUUUGGCGCUAGUUAUCAGCUCAAUGAGGCAGCAAGCUAUGGCUCAAGACAACUUGCUGCGGAUGCUUAAUCGGAUUCUUGCUUCGGACAAAAUUCCCUCAUUCGUGGACACUAUUCGCGUCAAUGAGUUGAGUUUGGGUGCGGAUUUUCCAUUACUCAACAAUUGCCGGGUCUACCGGACGGCAAACAGUGAGUUUUCAAAUGGGCUUGAAGCACAAUUUGACGUGGACUUAAAAGACACCAUCACUCUGGGUGUAGACACGAGGCUGCUACUCAAUUACCCCAAAACUAUGCUCGCAUACUUACCUGUGUCGUGCUCUGUAUCUCUAGUCAACUUUAGCGGUCGUGUCUCUGUGUCUUUGGUUACUGACGAAGAAGACCGCAACUUCAUCACUGUUUCGUUCGCCCCGAACUUCUCGAUGGAAUUCAGAGUUAACAGUCUGAUUGGUGCCCGUGCGAAACUCCAAGAUGUUCCCAAACUGGGUCAAAUUAUUGAAAACACAAUAAGGAAGCGAUUCACCGAUAAAUGUGUCCGUCCAAAUUAUCAAAAAAUCCGACUUCCUCAGGUAUGGCAUUCCCCAGAAAAUGCACAGGCCUCUGCAGCAACAACUUCAGCUAAUAUUGCCGCCACAGUAAGUACAGCGGCUGCUACUGCAACUGGCCUAAAUGGACCAACUCUCGAUGCUCCUUCGAAAGCGAGCAAUACAGCACCUGACCUCCAAACACCUCAGCAGCAACAGCGCCCCAUUUCUCCUAUGCCCGCUUCUGCCCCUGAAAUUAUUACGGACAAGUCAAGUUCUGAGAUGCUAGGCGCAAGUACAAGUGUCAAUGGUAAUAUUUAUGGUCCUGCAAGCCAGCAACGCAUCGGAGAAAAGUUCCGCAGAGUUGCUAGCGAGCGACUUUACAAUUAG